UAAAACCGUAAAGACUUCCUAUUUUUGUCAACAAAGCUCGCUAUAAACAUUUGAAAUUUAACAACUGCUGACUGACAUGGAUAAGUGUAUAGUUUUUGCAAUAGUUCUAUUGUUAUUUUGCUGGUGCAGUAGGUGUAAUUCUGUUGAUAUUAACAUUUCUGAUCGGCUUGAACAGAUGGAGAAGAAACUUGCCGCGUACGAUAUACUGCAAAAAGAGGUUGCAACGCUGAAGAAAUCUGAAAAGAAGGAACUUCAAAAAGAAGUAAGGGAGUUGAAGAAAACUGUCACAAGACUUGAAAACGAAGUGCUUGAUUUUAAAGCGCAAUUAGAGGCAAUUAAUAAUCAUUCGUUACCCUCGAUUAUUGGUGCACGUGAUAUCCGAUCGGUGCCAAUGGUGGCGUUUUCGGCUUUUGUUGAUCACAACAUUUACCAUCUUGGAGUGGAUCAGCCGAUUCCUUACAACAAUAUCAUAACCAACAUUGGAAAUGGAUUUAGCCAGUAUACGCACGUAUUUACAUGUCCUGUUACUGGGCUGUAUAUGUUUACAUUCACGGUCUGCACAGAUGAUUUUUCUCAGUUUAUUGCCAAGCUGGUGGUAGAUAACCAAAAUAUUGUUGGUGCCGUAUCUGAACUGUCUUCCAAGUACCGAGAAAUACAAGGCUCUAACACAGCAGUUAUACAGGUCAGUAAAGGACAAAGUGUAUGGGUAUCUUUCAUUGGCUCAGCAGAUAACACCAUUCGAUCAGACGACGACUAUCGCUUUGCUGCGUUCUCUGGGUUUCUUAUACAGUAAAUAAAAUCUAUAAAAAGAUCCCCUUGGAAGAAUGCAAACAAGCAAGACCAUGUAACUCUCAUUUUUUACA